CACAUUUUCUUGUCCCUUUAGGCUGAAGAAGACGUGAAGAUUGAUGGAGGGCCAUGCUAUUCAAACAGCAGGCAUUGCUGAGGCAGAAACUCUUUGUGCUGGGAAGCCUUGCUGUUGGAAGUCUUCUAUAUUUAGUUGCCAGAGUUGGGAGUUUGGAUAGGCUACAACCACUUUGUCCCAUAGAAAGUCAACCUGGAGCUCUAAGUCAUGAGCACAUUCGUCUGAGACCCUCACAACAGAAGCAUGGACUGUCACAUGACUUCCAUAAAGGCAAUGCCACUAAGGAACAAAUCCGACUCUACAAUUUAGUACAGCAGCUGCCGCAAGCCAUCAUCAUCGGCGUGAGGAAGGGAGGUACCAGAGCCCUUUUGGAAAUGUUAAACCUACAUCCUGCUGUUGUCAAAGCCUCUCAAGAGAUACAUUUUUUUGAUAAUGAUGAAAAUUACUCAAAAGGAAUUGAAUGGUACAGGAAGAAGAUGCCAUUUUCAUACCCUCAUCAAAUCACAAUCGAGAAAAGCCCUGCGUACUUCAUCACAGAGGAGGUGCCUGAGAGAAUUUACAAAAUGAAUUCAUCCAUAAAGUUACUCAUUAUAGUCAGAGAACCAACAACCAGGGCUAUUUCUGACUAUACACAAGUUUUGGAGGGUAAAGAAAGAAAGAAUAAAACGUACUACAAAUUUGAGAAACUGGCAAUAGAUCAUAAUACUUGUGAGGUUAAUACAAAAUAUAAAGCAGUACGAACCAGCAUCUAUACCAAACAUCUGGAGAGGUGGCUGAAAUACUUCCCCAUCGAACAGUUCCAUAUUGUUGACGGAGAUCAGCUUAUAACAGAACCACUUCCAGAACUUCAGCUUGUAGAAAAGUUUUUAAAUCUUCCUCCACGAAUAAGCCAGUACAAUUUGUACUACAAUGCAACAAGGGGUUUUUACUGCCUGCGAUUUAACAUUGUCUUUAACAAGUGCCUGGCAGGAAGUAAAGGACGCAUCCAUCCAGAGGUUGAUCCUUCUGUGAUCACCAAAUUGCGAAAGUUCUUUCAUCCAUUCAAUCAGAAGUUUUACCAGAUCACAGGGAGAACAUUUAACUGGCCCUAAACUACCUUUAUAUAGCGCUAUGUGUUGAAAUGACAUUAUUCUGAUUGACACAGUUAUGCACUUUUGUUGGACAAAAGCUAGCAAAAUAAUUUUUUCCUUGUAUAUAUGUAUAUAGAUGAUAUGUGACCAAAUAUAAAAUGGAAUCUGUUUCAUUUUUCUGUAGAAUUUAUAGAAAUAAUUUAUCUAUAUAACUUACUAUGCUGUUGAUAUUACAGCCAUCAUAGUCUGUCUGAAGAUUUAAAAAAGAAAGAGAAGUCAGUGCUUAAAAGCUAUACAGUGAGUAUUUAAUGCCCCUGUAUGCCUUUUGACAGAAUCCCUUUCUAUAAAUCAUGUAAUGUAAAUAAAUAAAUAAAUAAAUAUUUAAUGAGCUUUCAUUAAAUAUGGAACACAA